CUUUUGAUAGCAUAUUCCUCUGUAGCGUCAUGAGAGGUUUAAUAGCUUUAACUUUGAUUGCUUGUGCUUCGAUCAUAAAUGGAAAGCAAGAGGCCCAGAUAUUCCGUUGGCCAUAUUGGAAUAGAAAUGAAAAGGACAACCAUGGUGGAUAUACAUUUGAAUACCAUGAUCGCCAUCAUCUGUUGAUUGUAAGAGACAAUUCAUUUUGUUAUUUAAUCGAUGCCAAACCAGAUGUUGUUAAAUCUUAUAAUGAUGCCGCUACUAGAGCUAGUGUAGAGGAUGAUAUAAUCAGUCACAUCAAGGCCAAUCAAGAUAUGCACCAAAUCAACCAUUUCGAUGCCCUGCUUAAAUAUCACGAUCCUCUGCAAGCUGCUGAAUGUGUCAAACAUUCUAUUGUUGAGUUGAGUUAUUCUCUGGGUACAAUUGCUACUUCCGUGCCACAAACUUCCAUGCCUGAGACUACCACGGCUGGAGCCACUGUUUAAAGUAUCACUAGAGCAGAAAAUAAACUAUUUCUUAAACUA